AUGGCCAGCAUCGACUGGGACAAUUUCACAGCAUUUGCGGGAGCAGGACUCUUACGGUCAACCAUAUUGCGGCCCUCUCGGAACGCAGACGGGACUCUGAAUCUAGAGCAAGAUGUUCUAGGAUUCUACCAGUGGCUGGACAUCGUGCGCCGGACUGGGCUCCCAGACGCAGAUGCCUGCGGUGUCCCUGAGAAUCGACAACAAGCUGUUCGCGACCUCUUGGACAGAUUCUUUCCAACUGGGCACGGUACCCCCGCAGGCCGCGCAGAACCAGUCCGUGUCCUUGAUACCCCUAAUCCGGACGGCUCUCGGACAGCGCAGCCGAUGACGGUCCACCUUGGUCCCCAGGACCUCGCCCUCCAGAUCAUUGACGGGCCGUCAGCACUGGCCUACGUCUUCAGCGUCGUGCAGCCCACUACUGCAAACCCCCAGUGGGACACUUAUUUUCUCCCAUUGCUGGUCUUCUUCAGCAGGUUUUUGUACCUGGCAUAUGUAUCGCCUUCGCCAACUGGAGGGACCGGGCCGGUACAUCAGAUUUCAGAUGUGCCCUUUAUGAGUUGUAUCAUGUAUGAUGCUGCAUCUGCGCCGCACCCUUCUUACAUGCUCGGCAGUACCUGGGCCCUCAGCUCGAGCGUCGGUAGUGGAAUGGUGUCUCGUGCGGCCCGUGAGCCAAUGAUUGAUGGGUGGCGGCGGCAACAGUUGCUGGAAACAGCUCUGGCCAACAAUCAUCCGCCCUUGCCUGAUCAUCUUCCCGUGGAGCCCAUCGCAUUGCCUGCACUGGCAGAGGAAUUGUACAAAGACUUUGUCGGACGAGGACUUCGACAUCGCACCGCGCUGAUCCCGGCCGACACAUCGAACCUGAUGUUUACGACGAUCUCGGGUGCCUUUGUCGCUGCCUACGCAGCCCAAGGAAGUGGGGUGUGCGUGCCCCUUCGUGCUGGACAUGUUUUGAGCGCGACGCCUACCCGGUCAACUCUGUUGACACUAGCUUCGAAUUUGGUUCAACAGAGGUGGUCACCAGCUUUCAACCCAGCAUCGCCGGCAUUCUUGCAGAGCCUGCAGGACUUCUUACACCAUUUCCUGGUACCUCACAUGUUUCCACCUGGGAUUCCUCCAACUCGGCCAAGUUUGAUCCUCCCGGAGAUCACCAUAGUGCCUGCGUCAGUACAACCUUUGAUUCAGACUCAAAUGGCCACCAUUUGGACAGCUUUCGGCACUGCUGCGGUCACAAGGCUGACUGCCUUCUUCAACGAUCGAGGAUUCUAUGGCCCAUCAGAGUUGCGUUGGACCCCCUUUGGAAGGUGCGCCGAGACAUAUCCUUUCGGGGUGGUGCUGCCCAACUAUUUUCCAGAUAUCGAGAUGGCACGGAUUCGUGGCUUCGCCAUCGAGAACAGGGAGGUUGGUGCGUCACUGCAGCUUGAAGCGCAUUUCAAUUCCGCUCAGCUUGACAUUGCGCCCGGCACCACAAAUCGCAGCCCGUAA